AUGGAGGAGCAAAUCUCCGCGGCCCGUGAGCGGCUGGAGGGCAGCCAGCAGCGGCACCAUGCCGCCAGGUUAAAGCAGGCAGCUGCGGCUGCGGAUGGAAAGCUCUUCGCCACGCUGGACUUCACCCGGCAGCAGAUCGAGGACUUCGAGCGAUUGGUGGCGCGACUGCGGGAGGCCCGAGGCACCUACAGCAAGAGCGAGCUGGAGGCGGUCAAAGCUCAAGACUGCGAGCCAAUUGGAAGCUCUGAGCGGUCUCGCAUCCCGGAGCUCUUCGAACUUGUUAGGAGGGCGAGCCGACGGAAAUUGGAGCUGCAGGGAAGGCAGCAAUGGCUGCUGGCGAAUCAGCGCCAGGCAGAGCAAGACAGGAACUACGCCCGCAAGGCGCUUGACCAAGCGCGCGGCAAUCUGUUGCAGCUGCAGGCGGAACGACUCCAAGUGUGCCAAGAACGGUACAAUGCAUCGCAAGAGGCUUCGCAGCUGGCCUCAUCAGCUGGGCUUGGCUCCUCUGUGCUGAAGGAGCUGUGCAAACAGCUGAGGGCGCAAGAAGGUGCGCCCCAGGUUGCCAAAGAAGAACCGCAGGAAGCGCGCUCGCAAAGCAGGGCGCAGCUGUGGGCAGGUGCGACGAGUGCCCGGUGGGCCUCCUUCGGCUCAGCUCUUUGGCCGAAGGUGAGAGGCCGAAGGUGA